AUGGAAGGCGUCGUGGUCAGCCGUCAGGCGUGGGCACCGCGAGCAUGGCUCGCGCGCUUCCGGCUGGAGCCAGCUGAAGGUCGAACUCACAUCACAGAGAGGGCGCUCUACGCUCUAGAACCUUUGAUUCCCGAACAUUUGGGGUCCCCUUUCCCUUUCCACGUCAAGGUGAUGUUAUCGCUCCAUAUUGAGAAGCUGGAUCCUGCCCGCGGUGAGUUGAUUCGCGACAGCUUCAUACAGAACGUCGUGCCCUGGCGUAGCCUUCCUGCCAAUGACCCAGCUUAUCGAAUGCACAGCUUGGUUGCUGCUAUGAGGUGGAAGUAUGAGACGGCUCGUGAGAGGGCCUCACUUCCAGGAAGCGGGUGGGAGAUUGUGGGCAUCGAGUGGAUGGAUGUCUUGAUCGCGCCGGGGCUGGAGAAUGUGCCGGCGCCUGGUGUGGGCGGUGGCUGCAACGUCAGGUUGCCUGAGUCUCUCCAUCAGCGGAAAGGCAUUUGGUGCCCGCAGGUGUCUAGCCGGUGCUUUGAAUUCUGCAUCCGUGCUGCUUUUCUCGGUGUUGCUGAAAUGGAUGCAGCUGAGCGGACAGAGCUGGCUUUGAGGACCCACUUCAAGACCAGGCAGUGUCGACAUGAUUUCGAAGGAAGGGUGUCCAAAAUCAGCACGCCGAAGGGCAAGUCUGCAAAGCUGCGGUACUUCACUAAGACCAGCUGCGAGUUGUCUCCAGUCAUCGUCUACGCCGACUUCGAGGUCUUCAGCCAGAACUCCAUUCAGUUUGCGGCGGCUGAGGGGGUGCAGAACAGGAUUGCCGCCGCGGCCUACAGCGCCGUGGGAAUGUGCGGCUACGAACCUCCGGAAGCGCACAAGCUUUGGAUGGAACACGCUCGGGAGGGUGAACACGAGUGUGCCGUGGCUCUGCAGUUUCUCAGGAGUCUGAUGGGGCUGUUGGAUCACUACAAGAACUGGCGAAUGAACGAGAAGAAACCCUUGGUGUGGACGGCUGAGCACAGGACCCAACAUCAGCAGGCUCGGGAGUGUAGGGAGUGUCGCCGGGUAUUCUGCAACAAGUCUGGCAGAAGAAAGGUCGCUCACCACGAUCAUGGAACAGGAUCCUGGCUAGGAGCUUUACGCGAGAACUGCAACCAAGCAGCACACGUUCCAUACGACAUCACAAUAUGCUUUCAUAAUGGGGGUCGAUAUGAUUUUCAUUUUGUGCUUCGUGCUCUGGCCAAGUUCAAGUACCACGCAAAGCUUGAGCAGAAUCGGCGUGCUGUUGCUGGCAAGAUCAGGAAGUUCGGUGUCAAGGAACUGGCGCGGAGGGUGAAGCUGGUCCAAGAGCGUGCCGCUGCUUUCGGCUCUUCCAAGUCCAAGCCCUUGCUC